GCACAGAGAGAUUUCAAAUGACCUAAUUGUCUCCCUUCUCAUAAAAAAACCUGAUUCCUCUGAGAUUCUACCCACUCUGCAUCGAAUCAAUCUCCAGUGACGCAGAAACAUUAAUUCCCAAGCCUCUUCCACACUCUCCGAAUCGAAACGAAGGUUCUUCUCUGGAAAUUAGGGUUUAUCAUUUCGGUUCUGAUUUGAGGGGUUUCUGUCAGGUUUAAUCGAUACGAAAGGCAUCAAUCCGUGAAAUUAGGGUUUAGGAAGUUACAUGUAUGGCUUCGGAGCCUCUUAAAGGAGAAGGAAUCAAUGGAGCUAAAGAGAAGCAAAGCAUUAAGGUUUAUACAAGGAAAGGUAAAGGUCAGAGGAAACAGUCACCCUUCUUUGCCUUUGACCGUGGCGGCGAUAAACCAGAGGAGGAGGAGAAAGAAAACAAUCAUGUAGCGAAAGAGUCUGUGAAUCAUGUCCAUGAGGAUCCUCUUGAGACCAAUACCCAAGCAGAGAAGACUAGUGUAGCUGAAGCACCUGGUGAUGAUUCUCACAAAUUGACUGACACGUCUCAGGUUGAUGCCAGCUUGGACGCUACUGAUAAGAACGUUAUUGAACCUGGUCCAGGUCCUUUGGGUGAGGAUGAUGUGAACACUGAGUCUGUGGAAGUACACAAAGCACAAGAUGAUGUUAAUACAGUGGUUGUUGAUGAGAACUCUAUCAAGGAACCUUCUAAAAGCCUUCCCCUUGAAGAUGUUACUACCGUGGUUGUUGACAAGAAGGCUAUUGAAGAGCCUUCUCAAGCUGUAUCCGCGGAAGAUGUGGAUAAUGUUGUUGUUGUUGUUGACAAGAAUCCCAUUGAAGUGUCUUCUGAGGAUGAGGAGUAUGUCCACGUGGUAGAUGAAGAUCACCUUAUAAAAGAUGCCACUGAUGCUCAACAGCCAGCAGGGUUAACCACUGGCUCUGUUCAGAACAAUGAUGCUGAAAGCGUAUCGAUGGAGGAGGAUGUAGAUGGACGGAUAAGGAUACAUGUACCCUCCAAAUCUAAGCAACAGAAAGAGGAGAUCAGGAAGAAGCUUGAAGAUCAGCUUAACGUGGUCAGGGGACUGGUGAAGAAGAUAGAAGACAAAGAGGGGGAGAUUGGUGCGUAUAAUGACUCUCCCGUUUUGGCUAACGCUGGUAUUAAUAACGGAGGAGGAAGGAUUCUCUCAGGGUUUGCAUCAGCUGGACUUCCUCGUGAGGUCAUCAGAGUACCAAGGCCUUUGAAUCAACUCAGUAUAUCAGUGUUGGAGAAUACUCACGGAGUCAAUGAGCAUGUGGAGAAAGAGAAAAGAACACCUAAGGCCAAUCAGUUUUACAGAAAUUCAGAGUUCUUACUUGGUGACAAGUUGCCACCCGCUGAGAGUAACAAGAAAUCAAAAUCAAGUUCAAAGAAGUAUGGAGGGGAAGUUGCGCAUGGUUUUGGUGCAGGCUCUAAAGUUUUCAAGAAUUGCAGUUCUCUACUAGAAAGACUGAUGAAGCACAAGCACGGUUGGGUGUUCAAUGCUCCUGUAGAUGUAAAGGGUCUAGGUUUGCAUGAUUACUUUACCAUCAUCGAACACCCUAUGGAUUUGGGAACUGUCAAGUCUACGUUAACAAAUAAUCUGUACAAGUCACCAAGAGAGUUUGCCGAGGAUGUCAGACUUACUUUCCACAAUGCCAUGACUUACAACCCACCAGGACAAGAUGUCCAUAUCAUGGCGCAAGUGCUGUUACAGAUGUUUGAGGAGAGGUGGGCUGUUAUAGAGGCGGAUUAUAAUCGUGAAAUGAGAUUUGUCACUGCUUAUGAGAUGAAUCUUCCAGCUUCUACAAUGAGGUCGAGACUGGGUCCUACCAUGCCGCCACCGCCUAUCAAUGUGAGGAAUACAACGGAUUGGAGUAGCCGCCCUGCGGAGUUGCAGCACCCAAAACCAACAACCACGCCUGGCAGAACACCGACCAGUGCAAGGACCCCUGCUCUGAAGAAGCCAAAGGCAAACGAACCAAAUAAAAGAGAUAUGACGUAUGAAGAGAAGCAGAAGCUUAGUGGCCACUUGCAGAAUUUGCCUCCAGACAAAUUAGAUGCGAUUGUACAAAUCGUUAACAGGAGGAACACUGCUGUGAAGCUAAAGGAUGAAGAAAUUGAAGUCGAUAUUGAUAGUGUUGAUCCGGAGACUCUGUGGGAGUUGGACAGAUUUGUAAUCAACUACAAAAAGGGAUUGAGUAAGAAAAAGAGAAAAGCUGAGCUAGCUAUUCAAGCUAGAGCAGAAGCCGAGAGGAAUGGCCAACAACAGAUGCCUCCAGCACCAGUGGCACGUGAAUUUUCUAGGGAGGGUGGCAACACAGCUAAAAAGACACUCCCUACACCAUUACCGUCUCAAGUGGAGAAGCAAAACAAUGAGGCGAGCAGAUCAAGUAGUUCAAGCAGCAGCUCUUCCAGUGGCUCCAGCUCUUCUAGUGGUACAUGA